CUAAGCAGAUGAUUAGUAGCAAUGUCCAACAUUGUAAGGGAAAGCCUUAGAAACCGUCCGCAUGUCUUCUUCAGAUAUUUGUUUAUUUAGUUAUGUUCCUUAUAAAAUAGAUCCAGUUUAUAGCCACAUAGUAAAGAGAGCGUUUUAUUUCUUAUCCUUAGCUUAUUAUUUGACCGCGACUCAGGGCAUAAGACCUUCUUGGAAGAUGUAUUUGAAAACGAGGCGAGGAUGAUUCCUGGUGGGAACUGGGGCCAAGCAUCCGCGCCAUGGACAAAUGUGCAUGGUGACAAGACCGAUGAAAAAGACAAGAUUAAAUGUCCAGAAGGCUGGGAGUGGACUAGUAACUGGGAAGUCGACGACAACAGAGCUGUGGACGACGAAGGUUGGGAGUACGCAGUCGAUGCAUCUUACGGAGUGUAUGGAGCAAUACAAAAGGCUUACCAUUUGGUGAGAAGAAAACGUUGGGUCAGAAAGAGACUCCUGAAGGAUUCGAAGGCUGUUGUAAAACAGAAAGAACUUGAAGAGUUUGCGAAAGAAGGGUGGGAAUACGCCCCGAUUUUCACGGCCAAAUAUCACCACAAGGAAAGAAAGAUCGAUUUUGUCAGGCGACGACGUUGGCACCGAAAAAUGGUUGCAAAAGGAGGACAAGACGUCAAAGUGUCCAUGCCUCCCGUGUGUCUUCUAGAAAUUGACGGCGAGGAAGACAGUAAAAACUGUUUGACGAAUAUUCCAAGAUUGUUUGUCACCUAUCACAAGCCUCACAAGUAUCAGUUGUGGGCCUACAUUUAUCAAGCACGUGAUUUGCUUGCGAUGGACGAAAGUGGAAUGAAUGAUGCCUAUGCCCGUGUUGCAUUUUGCAAGCAAAGUGCUGUGACAGCAGUGCUGACUCAGACUCUGUGUCCCACCUGGGAUCAGACUCUGAUUUUCGACGAAAUUGAAAUUUACGAAGGUGUCGUGAACGUGGCAAAGAACCCGCCAAGUGUGGUGGUAGAGUUGUUUGAUCGAGACUCUGUGGUAAGAUUUGUGGUUUCUUUUACAUUUUUAGUCUCUUAAGUUCCACAGUCCACAAUAUAUGAUAAAAAGUCUUGCAUGUUGUAAGAUUGUUUGCUUAUUUCCCAAGAAUAAGGACUAGUUAGUAGGUUUCAAUUAAUUCUAAAGAAAAAAAAAAAAAAGAGAAUAAUUAAUGAAGGUUUAGGGGGGACUCGUAAUUAAAAUUUCAGAAGUUUUAACUUGUGCCAAGAAGAGUCUUUAAAAAACAUUUUAUGGGUUCCUUCCUAAAAAGCUAUAGACAAUACAAAAAUAGAUUGCUAUAACCCCGACGCAAUCCUACCGAUUUUGGUAGUUUAGAUACAUUUUUUCCCCUAUUUUGUUAACUCCCAUAAUUCAAUGUAACUCUUAUCCCGUUUAAUGAGACUUAAUGAGUAAGUCUCCCUUAUUAUUAUCUAACUGCAGUGAAUACCGUCCAAAUAACAGUACAAAUAUACAGCGAUAUUGUACAGUUAUUUGUAUCAGUAGAAAACCUGCUUGCCAUACAGGUCGGCGCCCGCCCGCAAAACUGUCACACUCUCCCCCUUUCACUGUUAAAUUUAUUAACUACAGUAGUUGGAUAAUAAAUCUCUUAUUAGAUGUUUUGGUGUGUAGUAUCGCUUUA